GCCCUCACCGCAGCAAUUCCUGUCUUCAUUAUCUCCCACUAUAAAAUAAACUGUUCGCUGAGAAGAUACCGUACCUAGACAUGUAUGAAGGCCAAGAAGAGGACGGCAACCUUGUAUGGGCCAAGAACGAUGAAGAUUCAGAGGCAGCCUCACAUCCUGGAUCCAGACACACUCGACUCCAUUCUAGGGAACAUCUGGACAAAAGUAGCCAACUGCUUGCUGAAAUUGUCUCAGCUGACUUUCCCGAGGAUCAGAUCUUUACUUCAGGCUAGCAAAGACAAGUACGAAGUGGCCGGUCGUCCAGUCACUCUCAACAUGACCGAAAUGGUUCGACUCGCACACAUACCACGAAUUAUCUUGCCUUUAGAGAGCCAGGAUUACAAAGUUGCGGAUGAAUGGUAUACUGUCCUGGCGUAGAUGCUUGUUGCACAACUCGUAUUGCAGCAUCACGAC